AUGGUCCUCGCAAAGCCGGUGCUCUGGCUGCUGGCCGCAGGGCUGCUUCACUAUGCGAGCGCUGCUCCAAAUACAGACAUGCUGGCCAUUGGCAGACGGGCUCAGCCCAUAGACGCGAAAGUCAUCCACGUCUUCAACCCGGACAAGAAGUGCCCUCCCGGGACAACGAAGGGGACGGUGAAGAUGAGCGGCGACCAGGGAACGGUAGACGUCAAGUGCUCAUACGAAAACCACAGCUACUCGGCCUCGAUCGACCUCUAUCCCGGCAGGCUCACGGGUGCCUGCUGCUACGUGCCGGACCAAGACGUCUUCCUGUUUGUCCAGGACCAGCGCACCGAGCCCCUGACCAACUACUCCCUGGACGGCGCCUUUUGCUGCAACGAGGACGCAGGCCAGGCACCCGCCAGCUUCCUACGGGACAAGUACAGCGGCCGAUGCUCGUACGGUUCCGUCACUCACGGCUUCCCGACCGACUUCAACCAGGACUUGGUGACCAGAUGCUGCUGGUCGACGUCCAGCAACGAAUGGACAGUCCACCUCACCGAGCAGCGGAAGCACGUAUUCUUUGCCGUCCCGCUGACGCAGAAGAUCAAGACUAUGACGGUCGAGCGGGCAGACUUCCACAAGGCCUACAUGGAGCUCACCGUCUCGAUUACAUGGGGCGUCUCCCUGAUUGGAGGGACUGAGACGAACCGCAAGGUCAUCCGGUUCGAGUACGGGAGACACCUCGACAGCGCGGCAGAGACCAAAGUCGGCCACAACCUGGGAUGGUACCAGGUCAAGACGUCGACGAGGAUCGCUGCAGAUGGCACGCCGGAAUUCUUGCUGCACUGGGACUCGUGGCUCUUCUCGCCAGACCUCGGGCGUCCGCUUUCCGCUGAGAAGGGGACGGACAAGGUCGAGCUGCCUGCCAGCCGCCUGGACGAGAUUGCACGGUUCCUCAGCACAACGGCCACUCUUUGCUAG